UUCUCUUUGCGGGAUGGGGAAAAGUGAGAUUUUGGUCUGAUUUAAACCGGCGAAUCGUUUUCGAUUUCGUUUUUUUUUUUAAGAUUAUUGAAUGGUUGUUUUUGACUCUUUAGCUAUUCUUGUGCUGUGAUUGUAAUGGCAAUGGUGUCUUCGUAAUUUCGUGAUUUUUUCAGUUUAAAUUUAGCAGCCCGAGGUCCUCGUUUAAAGAAUGAGUUGGGGUUUAUUGGGAAAGAUUGAGAUUGAGAGAGACUCUGUACUAUUACUGAAUUCGUUACGCCAUUAGAUUGCUUUUUUAAAUCUCGAUCUCGCUCACUCACUUUUCUUCAUUACUACUCUAAAAACCAAAUCAUUUGAGAAAACCCAUUUUUAAAGAUAAAUACUUUUUUAUCAAAUCCAAUCAUCGUUGUUGUCAGAGAGAAGAAAAGCGCAAGUUCUUAAAAUUUUUUUUGUGUUUGCCCAAUCGGUGCAUCCCCAGAUUUCGCUUAUCUUGUUCCCCAUCUUUGUAUUAGCAAUUAACAAUGGCGGAUUUCAAACCAAGGAUCGAGAUUUCGUUCCUUGAAACCUUCAUUUGCAGCGCUUUCGCUGCUUGUUUUGUAGAGAUAGACAGGGUGUCAAGGAGCAGCUGAGUAUAUGUUACGGAUGUUACAUUCCGGAGGCUGUUCUUUCAGAUGAUCGGCAGUAACUAUAUUAUGCUUGAACGGUGCCAUAAUGGGCAUCUGUCUGAUGAAGCGCUGCUGUUCAUGGCUUCUUUUGAUCUCAUUGCUUUGUGCACUAAAUGAAGCGAUUAGUCCCGAUGGUGAGGCGCUUUUGAGUUUUAGAAAUGGAGUUUUGGGUUCUGAUGGUGUCAUUGGCCACUGGAGACCAGAGGAUCCUGAUCCAUGUAACUGGAAGGGAGUGACCUGUGAUGCGCCAUCAAAAAGAGUUAUAGCCUUGAGUCUUACUCAUCACAAACUAAGGGGACCUUUACCCCCUGAACUUGGAAUGCUGGAUCAGUUAAGGCUUUUAAUGCUUCACAACAAUUUUUUAUAUGGCCCAAUACCUGCCGCAUUGGGAAAUUGCACGGCAUUAGAGGGAAUAUACUUGCAGAAUAAUUACAUUGGUGGGACAAUCCCAAGUGAACUAGGAAACCUGUCCGCGCUGAAAAACCUGGACAUCUCAAGCAACUCCAUCAAGGGAGCUAUCCCUGCUUCACUUGGGCAGUUGAAAAAGCUUACUAAAUUCAAUGUCUCGAACAAUUUCCUGGUGGGACAAAUACCUUCUGAUGGCCUACUCGCUCGACUUUCGAGGGACUCCUUCAACGGAAAUCUUAAAUUGUGUGGAAAACAAAUCGAUGUUGUGUGCAAUGACACUGGAAAUUCUACAGCUUCUGGGUCUCCAACAGGCCAAGGAGGUAAUAACCCUAAAAGGCUGCUUAUAAGUGCUUCAGCAACUGUGGGUGGGCUGCUCCUAGUGGCGCUCAUGUGCUUCUGGGGAUGCUUUCUCUAUAAAAAGCUUGGUAGAGUUGAGAAUCAAAGCCUUGCGAUAGAAGUCGGUGGAGGUGCGUCUAUAGUGAUGUUCCAUGGAGAUUUGCCCUACGCUUCCAAAGACAUUAUCAAGAAACUGGAAACUCUUAAUGAAGAGCACAUAAUAGGCUGUGGAGGCUUUGGAACAGUGUACAAGCUAUCGAUGCAUGAUGGCAAUGUUUUUGCGCUAAAAAGAAUUGUAAAGUUAAAUGAAGGUUUUGAUCGGUUUUUUGAAAGGGAGCUUGAGAUUUUAGGGAGCAUCAAACAUCGUUACCUUGUGAACCUACGUGGAUACUGCAAUUCACCCACUUCAAAGCUUCUGCUAUAUGAUUACCUUCCUGGUGGUAGCCUUGAUGAAGCUCUACAUAAGAGAGGCGAGCAACUGGAUUGGGAUUCGCGAGUAAAUAUCAUAAUAGGAGCGGCAAAAGGGUUGGCAUACUUGCAUCAUGAUUGUUCUCCGAGGAUUAUACACCGUGAUAUAAAAUCGAGCAACAUUUUACUUGAUGGAAAUCUCGAGGCUCGAGUAUCAGACUUUGGGCUUGCCAAGUUGUUAGAGGACGAAGAAUCUCAUAUUACAACCAUUGUUGCAGGCACAUUCGGUUACUUGGCUCCAGAAUAUAUGCAAAGCGGUAGAGCGACUGAGAAAACCGACGUUUACAGUUUCGGGGUUUUGGUUCUUGAAGUCUUGAGUGGUAAACUUCCCACGGAUGCCUCCUUCAUCGAGAAAGGCUUUAACAUUGUUGGUUGGCUAAACUUCUUAAUCAGCGAAAACCGGGCAAAGGAGAUUGUUGAUCUAAGCUGUGAAGGAGUGGAGAGAGAGAGUCUCGAUGCUCUUCUGUCAAUAGCAACGCAGUGUGUGUCUUCAAGUCCAGAUGAGCGGCCAACAAUGCACAGAGUCGUCCAGUUACUUGAAUCCGAAGUUAUGACUCCUUGCCCCAGUGACUUCUACGAUUCCAGCUCUGAAUGAUCUCUCAUUCACAAAGACUCUGUGCCUUCUUAUUUCAAGUCCAGUUUUACACUACAAAAUUCGAGCCAUUCAUUUUCGGUACCUCUUUUCUCUUCUUUUUGUAUUUUUUUGGCUUUGAAUUGUUAGAAUGUUUCCGAGAUUGGUGAAACCCUCAAUUGAUCUGAACAUGAAAUUGAAAUGUAAAUGACCAUCCACUGUUGUCAAUAAUAACUCUGUUAUAUCAAAUAUGUAGAGGCUUUUUGUUUGCUUUUUCUU